AGUCUGCUGUGGCACGCCUCGGCUUAGGACUCAAACUUUGCAGGGACGGACAGAGUUGUGCACUAGUCACUUGUUUUUAUGCACGUUUCCUAAAUGGGGAAAGUAGCUUUAAUCUCGCUUGUAGUAGCUGCUUUAGCGGCGCUGCUGGGGGAGAGGAUCUUAAGUUUCAGAAAAAGGACAUUGGCUUCAAGGGAGUUGGUGAAAAAUCACCUCCCCAACUGUGUUGCACUCAAAAAUCUGGAUUCUGGCUCCAAUGAUAUAACGAUCCUUGGAAACGGACUUGCCUUCAUCAGCACCGGUUUGAAGUUUGUUGGACUGCCUUCUGCAAAUACGAUAGGAAAGAUCUACACACUUGAUAUGAAUGAUCCUCGGAUGAAACCAGGGGAGCUGCGCAUGCCACGAAACUUUGACCUGGAGUCGUUCAACCCUCACGGCAUCAGUGUAUACGUCGAUCCAAGUGAUGACGCAAUAUACCUGUUUGUGGUAAAUCACCCUCAGCAGAAAAGCCAAAUAGAACUGUUUAAAUUCAUUGAGGACGACCACUCGCUGGAGCACCUGAAAACCAUAAAACAUGAACUUCUCUACAGUGUAAACGAUAUUGUGGCAGUGGGACUGGAGAGCUUCUAUGCCACCAACGAUCACUACUUUAACCACGAAAUGCUCAAAGUUUGGGUGGAGUUUCUUCUGGGUCAGCCUUGGACUAACGUUGUGUACUACAGUCCAGAGGAAGUAAAAGUGGUCUCUGAAGGAUAUUACUUUGCAAAUGGCAUUAAUAUCUCACCGAACAAAAAGCAUUUAUAUGUGGCAGAUCUAUUUGACCACAACGUGCACGUAUUGGAGGUGGAAGAUGACAAUGCAUUGGUCUCGGUGAAGGCUGUGUCUGUGGAUUCACUCUGUGAUAAUGUGGAAGUGGACCCUGAAACUGGGGACCUGUGGUUAGGUUGUCACCCUAAUGGAUGGAAGUUUUUGAUGGCAGACCCCAAAGACCCAGCUGGAUCGGAGGUCAUCCGAAUCCAGAACAUUCAUUCCGAUAAGCCGGUGUUGACCCAGGUGUACUCUGACGACGGCCAUGUGAUCAUUGGCUCCUCCGUAGCAGCUACCUAUGGGGGGAAGUUGCUCAUUGGCACUGUGUUCCAUAAAGCCCUGUGCUGUGAUUUGAAGUAGGCCAUUACUGCUCAAAAUAUUACUGACCCCCCCCUGCCUUUGCAAAGCUCUCAAUUAGAAAACGUUAUGCUAAUUUGAAUGACAACAUAUACAUGAAUAUUACAGCACUGGUUUAAAGGGGGUACAGUGCCUGGAAAUCCAAAAGGAGGAUGCGAUGGAUCUAUUAUAUUUAAUUCCAAUAGGUCCUGGAUACAACCUUCUUGUACACAUUGUAUGGGUACUACGGCCUAUUUGAAGGUGGUUUCAGCCACAGAAGUCACUGAACUAUGAUUGAACUGCUGGGAAAUAAGUACUUGCAAAACAGAAUAUUUUAACCAAUAUUUGCUUUACUGUGUACCAUAAAAAUAAGUAUAAAGUAUUUUUCACUGGUCACCUGAAAAUGUGAGAUCUACUGAUGGAUUUUAUAGAACUUUUAGUUUUUUCCUCUCAAUAAAUCACCAAAGAGAGUAUUGUA